AUGCGGUCGUGGUUUCAACUACGCACUGCUGUGCUGCUGGCAUUGCUGGCUCUAGGAGUUCAUGGCAACGAGGUCAAGAUCGACCAGAAGGAAGUAAACCGACAACAAUGCUCAGGCAUGUUCAGCCGCAAAGGUUGGGGAGGAGCUGUAGAUCCCUUCAUCCUGACCAAGUUUGUCAAGCCCGAGGACAUCCCCGAAGACCAGGACCCCGUCGUAUCGCUCGUCAUGUUUGAGUGGUCAGACCGUGACUAUGUUGGCAAGCUCAUGGACGAUACAACCUCGGACCGUGCCUACAUCUGCGACGCCACGGCAAUCGAAGCCAAGUUCUGCAACACUACCGAGGAGGGUGAAUUCAUCUUGUCUCAGGAUUCGGGCAAGAGCAAGAGCUUGAUCAUUACCCAGGCCGUACACCUCAAGAAUCCACCUGCCAUCAACUACCCUAUCAAGCGUACCGGAUACUACUGCGUUGGCACCUAUGGCUAUACUGCAGAGAACUACAAUGGCAUUGUCGAGUUCCGCAACAGCUACGGUGAGCUGCCUGCCGCUCAGAUCGCAAAGUUGCCCUUCUAUGGUGCUCUUACUCUCGUCUAUGCCCUUGCGUCGGCUGGCUGGGCUUUCCUCUAUUUCCAAAACCGUCACGAUAUCCUGCCCGUCCAGAACUACAUAACAGCCAUUCUGGUCUUCCUCGUUAUCGAAAUCUUCAUGACAUGGCUCUUCUACGACUUCCAGAACAGACACGGUCUUAGUACAGGUGCGAAAGCACUCCUAAUCGUGGUCUCGGUUCUAUCUGCUGGCAGAAACUCUUUCAGCUUCUUCCUGCUGCUGAUUGUGUGUAUGGGCUAUGGUGUCGUGAAGCCUAGCCUGGGCCGCACCAUGAUCUGGGUUCGCUGGCUUGCCAUCUCCCACUUCAUCUUCGGCGUUGUCUACGUUAUCGCAUCGCUUUCGGUCACCCCUGAAAACGCAGGCCCUCUGGUUCUACUCGUAGUUCUGCCUCUCGCAGCUACACUGACGGCCUUCUACAUUUGGACGCUUAACUCGCUCAAUGCCACCAUGAAGGAUUUGAUGGAACGCAAACAGACCAUCAAGGCUAUGAUGUAUCGCAAACUCUGGUGGUGCAUUCUCGGCUCCAUCGUUGUCAUCUUUGUUUUCUUCUUCGUGAACAGCUGGACUUUUGCUGGCGUCAGCGAUGAGGACUUCGUACCUACCCACUGGUCUUCGCGCUGGUUCAUCUUGGAUGGUUGGCUCAACUUGGUUUACUUGGCCGAUGUUGCGUUUAUUGCUUGGCUCUGGCGUCCAACAGCAAACAACCGUCGUUUCGCCAUGAGUGACGAGAUUGCUCAAGACGACGAAGGCUUCGAGAUUGCUAGUAUGCGUUCUUCUCUCGACUUUGACGACCCAGAUCUCGAAGGCGCACCUCCAGCUUACGAUGCACCUCGAAACAACGCUUCGAGCUCCGCAGCGAACCGUGACGCAUCACCUUUGCCAGCACCAAAGCCCACAAAACCCGCUCAGCUGCCCAGGGAGUCAUUGGAUGGCGAGACGAUAUUCGCAGUUGGCGGAGAGGAUGAUGACGAUGAGAGGUGGAGUGAAGAUGAUAGCGACAAUGAAGGCAAACAUCUGACAGGGAAGAGAGAUUGA